AUGUCGCAGGACACCGGUUUGUUCAGCAUUCGGCGCCCUCGAGAGUCAACGGCGCAGACUCUUGGGAGCGUCCAGAAUUUCUCAGCCAUUCCUCAGCCCGCCUCCGCGCUGAAACGAACCAGUUCAAUUGGUUUCCAGAAUCCUCCGUAUACCGGUCAACACGGUCGCGCGUCGAUGCUCGGUUCUAUGGGUCGUCCGCAACAGCCCAAUUUCCAGCGCUCGUCAUCGGGGGGGAGCUUUGGUGCGGAUAUGGGCUUGUCGACUGUACGGCGGUCUAUUUCAGCGAAUAUGUUCCAAACCGCGAGCGUCGGUCGUCCAAGCUAUGCUCUCGGAUCACUGCCUCUAAAUUCAGCUCAGAAUCUGCAACGAAGAAGCAGUGUGUUCUCGCGGCCCUCCACGGCUGCCCCGAUGAGCCAUCAAUCUUUCUUCACACAAGCGCCUGCGCCAGCUGGUGUGCCACGAGACCCUCGUCCUCUGCGGGAUCGAGCUUUCCAGGCCAGGAUCGGUCAGGAGAUCUUAGAAUACCUGACACAUAACAACUUCGAGCUGGAGAUGAAGCAUUCAUUGGGCCAGAACACGUUGAGGUCGCCUACGCAGAAGGACUUCAAUUAUAUCUUUCAGUGGCUAUACCACCGGAUUGAUCCAAGCUAUAAAUUUCAAAAGAGCAUUGAUGCGGAGGUACCGCCGAUUCUGAAGCAGCUACGAUACCCAUUCGAGAAAAGUAUCACGAAGUCGCAACUUGCGGCAGUGGGAGGUCAAAACUGGCCUACGUUUCUUGGUUUGCUACAUUGGAUGAUGCAGCUGGCACAGAUGUUGGAUAGGUUCUAUAUGGGUGAAUACGAUGAUGCGUGUGCCGAAGCUGGAGUAGACGUUACCGGUGACCGGAUCAUCUUCCGAUUUUUGACGGGGGCGUAUCACGAUUGGCUCCAGGGAGGUGAAGACGAAGAUGACGAGAUCGCGGAGAAGCGGCUGGUACCUCAUGUCGAGGCGAUGGCGGCGGAAUUCGAGAAAGGAAAUGAACGGUACGUGCAAGAGAUGAAAGUUUUGGAGGCCGAAAACAGGGCUUUGCGGGACCAGAUUGAGGAGCUGGAAAAGAACGCACCGGACAUCCCCAAGCUCGAUAAGCAUUUCCGGAUACUGGAAGACGAUAAGCGAAAAUUCGAGGAUUACAACCAGAACGUGCAAGGCAAGAUUGACAAGUACGAGAACCGGAUCAAGUUCUUGGACGAGGAGAUCAAGAAAACCGAUGCCGACCUGCAAGCUGCAGAGGAGGAACGCUCCGGUCUUCAGGCAAGUGUUGACCGACAGGGUAUCACAAUCCAAGACAUCGACCGCAUGAAUACGGAGCGGGAGAGGCUUCAGAAGAGUCUUGAUGAUACCCUCAGCCGUUUGGAAGAGGUGCACGCCCGGGUCAUGGAGAAGGAAGCAGAAGCCAGUCAAAAGUUAGAAGACCUCGAACAGAUUGUCAAGACAUAUAAUACCCUAGGGUACCAGACGAGUCUUAUUCCAGCGUCCGCUGUUAACGCGAAAGGCGAGGACUACGAGCUUCAUCUCAAUGUUAACGAGAGCAAUUUCUCUUCGUCUCAGCUUGGCGGAUCCCAGAGUCGGACUUCCCCAGAAGGAGAUCGCCUCGUUGCCGACCCGGUUACAGGCUAUCAUCCAGCACAUCUACUUAACCUGGAUCUCAGGGGCAUCGUGCGGAGCAAUCUGAACGCCUUGAAGAAAGAGAUCAAUGAGAGACGAAAACGGGCCAUUGACGACGACCUGGAGCGACGUAACCUGCUCGAUAACAUCAAGGAAGCUAUGGAUGAAAAGCGAAGCGAGGUGGAGGCCCUGGAGCACCGGAGACGCGCGGCAGAGGAAGAAUUCGAAAGGACCAAGGAGAUCACGACAACCCAGAAGCUGGCCUCCGAUGCGCAGAUCGAAAAGAUGGAGAAGGAACUCGCGAAGAUGCGAGCGACUUUGACAGAGAGCGUUCAACUGAUGGAGCAGCGCGAGAUGAACACAAACAUCGAAUAUGAACAGCUCACGCUCCGCGCAAACGCACUCCGGGAAGAGCUCCACACCGGGAUAGAGAGUAUGCUCAACGACAUCAUCCGGUUCAAGGUGCACGUUCAAAAGAGCUUGGAGGAUUACGAGAGCUUUGUUGCAGACGAAGUCGAACAGGAAUUGGGUGGCGAUGUAGAGCCCGAUGACGAUACCCCCAUGGACGAGAGUUAA